AUGGAGAGUCAACUCCAAUAUUUGAUGCUGCAAGAGGACUUCGACAAGAGGAUCCAAUGUCUCCCUUUCUAUGACCUCCGAAUAUUUGCUAAGGGUGGUGUAACCUCUGUAGACCUUUUACAUGAGAAAUUUGGUAUAUUCACUGUUGCUUCAGGCCUACAGGCUAACUUGUCCAAAAGUGCUAUCUACUAUGGUGGUGUUUCAGAAUCUACCAAGCAUGAUAUUCAAGUUCAAUUGGUAAAAUCAGUGCUUUUUGGCAUUCAAUCAUACUGGGCACAGAUGUUCAUCAUACCUGCUAAGGUGGUGAAAGCUAUUGAAGCUUAUUGCAGAAGCUUUGUCUGGUCUGGAGCAAAUAAAAUUACUAGAAAAUCACCGGUAUCAUGGAGCAAAAUGUGUCUACCUAAAUUAGCAGGAGGGCUAAAUCUUACAAACCUAAAGCUCUGGAAUAAGGCAGCCAUAACAAAGACCUGCUAUGAAUUGAAUAGGAAGAAAGACACCCUUUGGAUUAAAUGGAUUCAUGAAUACUACAUAAAAGAGCAGCACAUGGAGAGUAUGUCUAUCCCUCACCAAGCAGGCUGGAUGGUUAGGAAAAUACUUAAGACAAGAGAGGAACUAUGUCAUGUGCAACCUGACUUUGCGAGCAGUACAAGUAUGAUCAGAAGCAUCUACAUGAAAAUGCUGCCCAAAGUUAACUGGAAAAACCUCAUGUGUGAUAAUGUAGCAAGGCCAAAAGCACUACUUAUAGUAUGGCUUCAACAAUAG